GGAUGAACGCAGCCGUGCGUGCCGUGGUGCGCGUGGGGAUCUACACUGGAGCCAAAGUUUUCUUCGUGUAUGAGGGCUACCAGGGGCUGGUGGACGGUGGCGAGCACAUCAAGGAGGCCACAUGGGACAGCGUUUCCAUGAUGCUGCAGCUGGGCGGCACGGUGAUUGGCAGCGCGCGCUGCCAGGAUUUCCGCGCGCGCGAGGGACGGCUCCGUGCCGCGCGGAAUUUGGCCAAGCGUGGCAUCACCAACCUGUGCGUGAUUGGUGGCGAUGGCAGCCUCACCGGUGCAGACACCUUCCGCGCUGAGUGGGGUGGGCUCCUGGCAGAGCUGCUCAAAACUGGUGGCAUCACGGCGGAGGAGGCGCAGCGCUCGAGCCACCUGAACAUCGUGGGCAUGGUGGGCUCCAUCGACAACGACUUCUGCGGCACCGACAUGACCAUCGGCACUGACUCGGCGCUGCACCGCAUCAUAGAGAUCGUGGAUGCCAUCACCACCACGGCGCAGAGUCACCAGAGGACUUUCGUGCUGGAGGUGAUGGGGCGGCACUGUGGGUAUCUUGCACUGAUCACAGCCCUGGCCUGCGGCGCCGAUUGGGUUUUCAUCCCCGAAUCACCCCCUGAGGACAACUGGGAGGAGCACCUGUGCAGGAGGCUGGCUGAGACCCGUGAUGGCGGGUCCAGGCUCAACAUCAUCAUUGUGGCCGAGGGUGCCAUCGACAAGCACGGCAAGCCCAUCACCUCGGACGACAUCAAGGCUCUGGUGGUGAAACGUCUGGGGUACGACACCAGGGUGACCAUCCUGGGCCACGUCCAGCGCGGGGGGACCCCCUCAGCCUUUGACCGCAUUCUGGCCAGCAGGAUGGGUGUGGAGGCUGUGAUGGCGCUGCUGGAGGGGACACCGGACACACCAGCCUGUGUGGUCAGUCUGUCCGGCAACCAGGCUGUGCGCCUGCCCCUCAUGGAGUGUGUCCAGGUGACCAAGGACGUCACCACAGCCAUGAAUGAGGGACGCUUCGAGGACGCGUUGAAGCUGCGGGGCCGGAGCUUCCAGAACAACUGGAAUGUCUACAAGCUGCUGGCUCACAUCCGCCCGCCUGCCACCAAGAGUGGGUACACGGUGGCCGUGAUGAACGUGGGUGCUCCGGCCGCAGGGAUGAAUGCGGCCGUGCGGGCCACGGUGAGGAUCGGCCUCAUCCACGGCCACCACAUGCUUGCCGUGCACGAUGGCUUCGAGGGGCUGGCCUUUGGGAUGGUGGAAGAGAUUGGCUGGAAUACUGUGGGCAGUUGGACAGGGCUGGGAGGAUCUAAACUGGGCACCAAGAGGACUCUGCCCAAGAAGUAUUUCGAGGAAAUCAGCGCCAACAUCAGCAAAUUUGGGAUCCAUGCGCUCAUAAUCAUCGGCGGCUUUGAGGCAUUCACAGGUGGCCUGGAGCUGGUGGAGGGCCGGGCACGCUUCGAGGAGCUCUGCAUCCCCCUGUGCAUUGUCCCCGCCACAGUCUCCAACAAUGUCCCCGGCUCUGACUUCAGCAUCGGCGCUGACACCGCCCUCAACACCAUCACCACUACGUGUGACCUGAUCAAGCAGUCAGCUGCGGGUACCAAGCGCCGUGUGUUCAUCAUCGAGACCAUGGGCGGCUUCUGUGGCUACCUAGCCACCAUGGCUGGGCUGGCAGCUGGCGCUGACGCUGCCUACAUCUUCGAGGAGCCCUUCAGCAGCCGUGACCUGCAGGCCAAUGUGGACCACCUGACAGAGAAAAUGAAGACCACAGUGAAAAGGGGGCUUGUGCUCAGGAAUGAGCGCUGCAAUGAGAACUACACCACAGAUUUCAUCUACAACCUUUACUCUGAGGAAGGCAAAGGGGUCUUUGACUGCCGGAAGAAUGUCCUGGGGCACAUGCAGCAGGGAGGCAGCCCCACUCCUUUCGAUCGGAAUUUCGGCACCAAAAUGGGUGCCAAGGCUGUGGCCUGGAUCAGCGGGAAGAUAAAGGAGUGCUCCCGGCAUGGCCGGAUCUUUGCCAACACGGCUGACUCGGCGUGCCUGCUGGGGAUGCGCAAGCGCAGCCUCGUGUUCCAGCCCAUCGCCGAGCUGCGCCAGCAGACGGAUUUCGAGCAUCGCAUCCCCAAGGAGCAGUGGUGGCUGAAGCUGCGGCCCAUCCUCAAAAUCCUGGCCAAGUACAACAUUGAGCUGGACACAUCGGAGACGGCGCACCUGGAGCACCUGACCCGCAAGGUCCUGGUCCCUGAAGCCACCCUGUGA